AUGAACUUUGGGAAGAACCCAACCGCUACUGCACGACAUCAGCCGGCAAGUCCCUACGCUACCACCAAGAAAGCCGGUGAAGAAAUCGCUCACACCUACGACCAUAUCUACGAGCUCUCCCUCACUGGCUUAAGGUUCUUCACUGUGUAUGGGCCUUGGGGUAGACUAGACAUGGUGUACUUCUUCUUCACAAAGGACAUCUUGCACGGUAAGGCCAUUGACGUUUACCAGACACAGGGCGAGAAGGAGGUGGCAUGUGACUUCACGUACAUCGACAAAGUCAUGAAAGGCUAUUUAGAGGUGUUGGACACAACCAAAAAAAGCACUGGAAGCGGUAGGAAGAAGAGGGGACCGGCGCAGCUGAGGAUCUACAACCUUGGGAACACGUCGUCGGUGCCGGUCGAAAAGUUAGUGUCCAUAUUGGAGGGGUUGCUAAGCACCAAGGCCAAGAAGCACAUGAUCAAGAUGCCGAGGAAUGGAGACGUUCCCUACACCCAUGCCAAUGUGACCAUGACUUUCAGGGAUUUCGACUACAAGCCCAGCAUGAAUUUGGCCACCGGAUUGAGAAAGUUCACCAAACGGUGUGUCAAUUAUGGGAUUAAGUCGAAGGUAAAGAAGGAAACCGACAUCGGCAAUGAGCAUUCUAAAGAAUCCGAUUGAUGAUAAUCAUCUUCAAAACCAGAAUUUUUAUUUUUUGCCACUCAAAAAUCCUGUUCUUUUUUCCUCAUUUAAUUUGAUUAAGUUAUUGUCAUGGUCCUUAAAUGUGUCGAAUCAAAUUGUUGAAGUUGUUCUUAAUGUAAAAUAUAGGUAUAGAUUUGUUACAGGAGAUGAUCCAGUAUAGAGAGAGACAAAGGGGAAGCUGUACGUGAGAGAGAGAGAGAGAGAGAGAGGAAAAGUGUAGAUAUGUGAACUGAGGGUUGAUGCUAUAAUAAUGUUGGUGGGAUCUACUUGUCACAUCAUUUAUCAGUUGUUAUGCAGGCAUAUGGAAGCUGAAAUGGGAGACCUACAUGAUAAA